UUUAAUUUGUUAUAUUAAGUGCUAAAAUAUUAAGUUUGAGUGUUUCUCAAACUUUAGUGACGCUUUUUAUUGUUGAAAACUUUUUAAAAUUGAUUUCGAAAUGACAAAUAUGAAACAGACUGUGAUUAGUAAUCCGUCAUGGUGGCGAAGAAGAACCGGCCUGGAGCGCGUGCUGACGCUAACGACAGCUUGCGGCGUGUUGGCGGUACUAGCCCUGGUCACGUCGCUCUGCGUCAUCCUGCUAGAUGGAAAGACAAGACACGCACCUGCUGGUGAGCCAAUGCCAAUGGCAGCGGCGUCCGUCGGCGACGGAUUUCCUCCAGAAGGAAAUUUAAAGGAAAAAACUUUAUGCUCCACCAAAACCAAAUACGACGAAACUCCGGACGUUUGCAUGACACCUGGUUGCAUCAAAGCAGCAAAUCGUAUUAUCCAAGCCAUGGACAGAAACAUCGAACCGUGCGACGACUUCUACAGAUUCGCUUGCGGUUCAUUUUUGAAAGACACUGUUAUACCAGACGACAAGGUAUCGGUGAAUACAUUCUCAGUAAUCGGUGACAAGUUGCAGUUGCAACUUAGAGGCAUCGUGGAAUCUCCUAUUGACAGAGAAAACGAACCGGAGCCAUUUACGGUUGCCAAAGAUUUGUACAAAAGUUGCAUGAAUAAAUCUCUAAUCGAGAAAAGAGGUUACACUCCACUUUUGGAGGCUCACAAACGUCUAGGAGGUUGGCCAGUUUUGGAUGGGCCUUCUUGGGAUGAAUCCAAAUGGUCCUGGGAUAAAAGUGUGAAGCAGUUCAGGCAGAAUGGAUACUCCAUGGAUUACUUUAUCGAUUUCUCGAUUUCUACGGAUUUUAAGAAUUCUACCAAAAGAGUUAUAGAUUUGGACCAAGCGAUCCUAGGACUAAGUCGUGAAUAUCUGGUAAAAGGAUUUUCGGAUCGCAUCGUGAUAGCCUACUAUGAAUAUAUGACGGAUUUAGCAGUCAUGCUGGGUGCUCCCAGAGACAGGGCCGAGAAGGAAUUGAAGGAGUCGCUCCAAUUCGAAAUGAAUCUUGCCAAUAUUUCUCUGCCGACCGAAAAGAGGCGCAACGCAACAGUCCUGUACAAUCCUCACACAAUCGCCGAAUUGCAAGAGAAGUUUCCUCUGGUGCAAUGGUUGGACUACAUCAAUGUCCUUUUACCGGAAGGCCUAAAAGUCACAGAAAAUGAAGUCGUCGUUGUCAAUGUGCCAAGUUAUCUUACCAAACUCGAGAAAUUGUUGAAGGAAACACCAAAGAGGGUCCAGGCCAAUUAUGCACUUUGGAGAGUGACUGCCUUUAGCAUAUUCUUUUUGACCGACGACCUUCGUAAGAGACAAUUACAAUAUGCAACAGCCCUUAGUGGUAGAACCGAACAGGAAUCCAGAUGGAAGGAGUGUGUCGAUCUGACUAGCGGAAGGUAA